ACUUUUCUUAAAACUCAUUCUAAAUAUUUGAUUCCUAUUCCAAUUACAAAUUUCAUAUUCCAACCAAAAGCAAUCUAAAUAUGUUUACUGUUUACAUGUAAUUCCGAACCGGGUCACCAAACGCAGACUUGGAUAAACAUCUGCCCAAAUUUCCAAACUCCUCCCAUUUCUACUUAACACUCUCCUGAAAACGUCGCCAAAGGCUUCAUAAACUUGGCUUUGAUCUUCCAUCGUAACCAAUGGCAAAUAAACACACUAUUAUUCUCAUGCAAACAUCUCAGCAUAGAGGAACUCGCACUUUUAUGGAUUAUGAUUCCAUCACUCAAGCAAUGGAUGGAAUUUGUGCUCUAUAUGAAAGAAAGCUGAAGGAGUUAAACCCAGCUAUAAGAAACAUCUCUUAUGAUAUCUCUGAUCUUUACAAUUUUAUUGAUGGACUUGCAGACAUGAGUGCACUAGUCUAUGAUCACUCAAUUCAGGCGUACUUGCCUUACGAUCGGCAGUGGAUAAAACAGAAGACGUUGCAACAUUUGAAAAAAUUGGCCUCAAACUGAUAUGGUAUAUGAAAUGAUAGUCUCCAUCCUCCAUAUGCAAUCAUAUUGGCUACUAUGAAGAGAAAUUGGUAUAGUGAAUGCUGUUAACAGCUGUGCAGAUCUUUGAUCAAAAUACUCUUAUCAUGCAUCAAUUACUGUAGUUUCUUCUUAUCAUGCAUCAAUUACUGUAGUUUCUUUCUUAAAUCUUAAUGCACAUAGCCUACUAUUUGCAGCAUCAGAUGGAAGUUGACUGUUACUUUCCCUAUUAGUUUGUAUCUCGUCCAACCACUGGAUCUUAGGCUUGUGUUGGCUUGUAUAAUGAAUGCCCAACUUCAUUAUGCUCUGUAGUUAUUAAAGUAAUGAAUUGGUUUUUCAUCCUCC